AUGGAGAAGUUUGAGGGUCUGGAGACAGGUGUCAAAAAUGAUAAAGGGCUUAGAAGGCAAAUCCUACGAGGGGAGGUGGAAGUAGCAAGGCAUGUUCAGCUUUUGGAAAAGGAUUGUAAGAAGACUGAAUAUGAUGCUUGCAUAGUUGAGAACUGUCUCAAUGCAGUGGAGUGGGCUUAUCGAAUGCUUCCUUUCUCUAGAUUCAUGAAUGUUGAAGAACUAGUUCAAGACAUAAUUUUGAGUCUUGUUGGAGAAUUGCCACCAAUCAGAAAGGUGGCAGAAAUUUUGGUGAAAGCAUUUCCUAAUCCUGAAGAUAUAAGAGUUCCAUUAAAGGAUAAAUAUUAUGCCCUUCAGCAGCGACUCAGGCACUGUAUUGUCAGAGGUCCUAAAAGUGAGGAGAUGAUGUCUGUUGUUAUUGAGGUUACCCAUAAAGUGAGGCUGAAAGCCCUGAAACGUGUAAUAAGAAAUAUAGGCCCCCUUGAAAUGAGUAUCUGGGAGCCAGCGGAAGAGGAGACUCCAGAUGAUGAGGCACAGUGCUGUGAUAGAUUCUCAUUAGGGACCAGUCUAAGCAGAAGUACACUUACAGAUUUUGGAUAUCCUCUUGUAUACAGUGAUGCUGAAACAGCAGAUACUCUCUCUGAGGCUUUACUUAUAGAAAAAGCAAGAGAUCAGGUGCCUUCACUGCAGAGGGACACAGAGACUCAUAAAGGAGGAAAAGAUGAUAAGAUAAAAGAUCUCAAUAGAAAAACAAAACAUAAAGAAAAUGUGCACAGUAAUGCCUGUCUGAAUCAGUAUAAUUUGCCUGUGGUAGGUGCAUGGGAAUUUGAACGUGAUGAUGAAGAGUACAUUAAUUUCUUAGAACUCUUUUUGAGUUAUAUGCUUGAAAGAGACUUGAUAAAUUGCCCUGAUCCUGGGAUUCCUUUUCUGACCAGCUUUUCUGGACUCCUUCGGGAACAUGAACUAAACUCUCUCCUUUUUGAUGUUCAUACAACAUUGAAACGUCGAAUGGAGAAAACUACAAGCCAAAAUGUAUUUAGAACAGGUUGCUGCUAUACUGUUGUUCCUGCAUCUUGUGAUUCCAAGCCAACUUCUGUUUGUAAUAAAAAGCAAAAACAUUUGGAAAGACAAAUGUCUUUUUCAGUUUUACAGCCAACAGAGCCUUCUGUGUAUGACUCUGUGAAUGGAAUAAAUAAAUAUGCAGGAAAGAAGGGAUUAUUUGGUUUAAGUCAUCAAUCAGUUUAUAGAGCGCGAGAUGAUAAACAAGAAUUAACUGUUCUACCUGUAACCCAAACCUUAUCAGACCACGCUUGCUCUUUUCUGCACACUCCAGCAACUUGUAAAUAUGUCUACGAAAUAAUUCACCAGGAUAUUACACCAAGAGAAGAACUUGCUCUAGACCUGAAGAAUAAGUUUAGCAAUAUUGCAAGAUUGCUUGAAUGGAUGAUCAGAUGGUCUGACAAGAGGCUACUAUGCGAUUCCAACAGAAUUGAGUCGUUUCAGGAGAGCUACCCAAUGAUGCAUGUGAAAACAUCAGCAGCUGCCAUACUUACAUCACUGUGGCUUUUGGAACAACCAUACUGUGAUGGAUUGCAAACAAGGACCUCAAGCUUUAAGAGUCAAGAUAAUCAGUAUCUAAUAGAGCCUGCAUCUCUGCUAAAAACAAGACCAGAAAUAGAGAUAGAAAGCAGCAUGGAUACAGGUGGUUCUCCAUCAUCAGAUACUCUGCUAGGUGGGCAGAGUGUAAAUGCAUAUGAAGAACCUCAUGAAAGUGCUUUAAGAAUACAUUCUAAAAAGAAGGAAAUGAAUGAUAUGAGUAAUUCUCUACUGCACACUAUUGAAGAACGAGCAAUAGAUUCUGAUGAAGAUCUUAAAGAAUUGGGACCAUUCAUAGAGGAUGAAGUAAAUAUAACAUCAGAAAAUGAAGAAUUCUUUGAAGAGCCAUUUGAAAUGCCAAAAAGCUCCAAUAUUUCUGUCAGUAUUAAACCUGUACAACAGCAAAAAGUAGAGUAUAUUUCCACUUCAGAUGUAGAAUGUCCACAAGAAGGACUAAUGACAGAAAAAUCAGAGGAGAAAAAGGCUGAACAGAACAGCAUGACGGAGGCUGUUGCCAAAAACAUUCCUCAUUCAUUCUAUUUAGAAAAGAAUGCAGAAGCUCCUCCUAGUACAGAGGUUUCUGGAUGCGAUGAUCAGCCUUCUUCCAUUGCUGAGUCAAGUGUUUAUUCCCAUGCUUCAGUUCAUUCAGAGGAAAAAGAAGUCCAGGAAGGAGCACCCACAGCAGAGCCACUGAACACAUCAGAAACUAUCAGACAGAUGCUCCAAGAUGAAAUGUUUAAACUAGUUCAGCUGCAGCAAAUCAACUUUAUGAGUUUAAUGCAAAUAGUGGGAUCAUCCUUUGCCAACCUGCCAAAUAUGCAGCACCUUUUGCAGCAGUCUCAAUUUGUUCCACUGGGAGGAAGCCAGCUUUCACAUGCUGCUGGAGGUGUAGAAAAAUCUCUUCCUACCUAUUCUUCAAAUGGCUUUCCAGAAACUCAGCUCUCUGGUCAAGAAAAUACUAGAAAGUCUGACAAAAAGAGUGGCUCUCACUCCCAGCAAAUAAAUGUCAUAAAUGAUCAAGGCAAAAAUGAAAAUAUACAGAAUCGGUCAGACAGAAAUGUUUCUUUAAUCCCAUCAGAGACCCAAUCUCAUGGAAUAGGAUUUACUCCAGCAUCUCAAGAUUUGCUUCCUUCAGCUCCAGCCAAACCACUUCAUCUGUUAUCUCCUUCUCCAGAUAUCCAGAAGCCACACAAACUUAUUCCAGUCUCAAAAACUUCAAAUUAUGCAAGUGGAUAUCCUUUGCUUACACUUGAAUCAGAUUAUCAUUUCAAACCACUCAAUGUAUGUCCAGUAGGAAUUUCACAAGCUUUUGCCAUGCCACUUCUACAACCAAAAGUGGCUUGGGGUCCAACUGAUGCCUUACAAAACCUUCAACCAUUACAAACACUAGGAAACAAGAGUAAGUCUACAACAGCACACCUGAAUGUGGAUAAGUACGACCUUGAAUUUAUAAGGCAAGCACAUGAGGAAAAGAAGAGGUGGGCAGAAGCUGUAAGUAAGGGACCUCCUAAACAUCUACAUGUAAAUCAGUAUGAAGGUCAGCAAUAUGUUGCACCUGAGCAGUACCUCUCUAGAAAUAUGAAUGCAGAAAAGCCACUGAUUGCUCAGCAUGUUUCCUUCUGUGGGACUUCCCAAUGUCCAUCUGGAAUUCCUCUACUACAUCUGCAGCUUGAUCCUGUACUUAGAUUUCCACCAAUUAUCAGACAACUGACUGAUACUUCUUUAAUAACUGUUAGACCUACAACAAAGGAGGCUGAUUGGAACACAAUAUAUCACCCAGGAAUAGCAAUUCUUCAUCAUAACUUACCUCCAAAAUACAAGUUCCAAGCACCAAAACUCAUCCCACUUGAAAAUCUCAUUGCAUUUGAGCAAAGGCGCCAACAUAUCAGUGCACCAUGUCCCCUUGUUGGACAAGAGCAUUCUGAACCAAUUCAGUUGUUGAAAGCUGAUAGUGAAUCAUUUGAAUCAAGACAUCUACGGAAUAAUAAAAAAAGACAGAAGAGGCGUGCUGAGAAUCAGAUAAAAGAGGAGAAGGAAAAGAAAAAAACAAGUGUGACAUUCCGUCCAGAAGAUUCUAUUAUUGGUAGCGACGAUAUAGAAGUAGCUGUUAAAACAGACACACAGGUUCAGCAAACAGAAUCCAGCUGUUAUCUAGCAGAUGAUUUUGUCACUUCACUUGACCCACUCAGAGAUGCUGUCACUACUUCAGCAGCUCUACACUUCAUGGCUUCCACAAGGAAAAAGCCUACAGAGGUUCAAGAUGCAAGUACAAAUACAGAUCCAGUUCUCAGGUCACAUCAGGAUGUCGAAUUUGGCUCUGAAGAUGUAUUUUCUGAGCCUGGAAAAAAGCAAUCAGCCACUUCUGCUCCUGCAUCAGAGCAAUUGCUUUCAAGUGUCCCUCAGAUGUUGACAUCAGAUGCGUACUUAAACCUUAGGUUUCCCCCUGCAGCAGAAGAGAAGCCUGAUGCUACACCUGACUUGGUUGGACACAAAUAUAUCAGCGUGAUUGACAUUGAAGAUAAUGAUCUCCUGAAGGAUUUGCCUGUCAUACCUGAAUCUACAGAAACGAUAGGUGCCACACAACAACUUGAGAGCCUUGAAGUGCCAUCUUCUGCCAAACUGCAUCAUUUGGCAGCCUCUGUCACUAAUGCAGUUCCUCCCAGUGAUUUUCAGAGAAAAGAUAAACAUCUCCAGCAUGUAUCAUUGCAAAUACAAGAAGAGAAUAUAAAGUCAGAUUCUUUCAGAGACAGCCUGACUUGGAACCUGAUGCAUGAGGAUGUUAGCACCAUCCCCUCUCCAGGGCUGUCAGCCAGACUGAUUAGCAAAGAAUAUCUUUCCACAAAACUUCAGGAAAUGGAUAUACAACUGCUGGCACUACAGAACAUAGCAGAGAACAUGGAGAAGGAUUUCAGCAACACUAAACUUUUAGUAAAUACAAUAGAAGAUUUAGGAAUGGCUGCUGAUCCUGACAUAGGGGCUACUUCCUUGUUCUCAGAAGGCAUUGGAGUUCUAGAUGAAGCAUGUUGUUCAAGUCUUACGAGCUUUGAUGUUAUGGAUAAAGAAAAUGAGGGUUCAAAACCUGAAUACUCUGUAUGCGGUUAUACUGCCUUACAAACUCGCUCAGUUUCCACUGCAACUUCAGCUGCUAACUUUCCCAGUGGCACAAAGUCAUCUUCUGACAUUCAAAUAAAUGAAGAAUUAGACAGUAGUUCUGUAGAUGAUCCCCUGCAAACUACAGGACUAAGUGGUAUGACCGACAUUAUUAAAGAUCUUGUAACAGAAGGUGAUGUUUCUGCUACAGAACUGGGUUUUACCGAAGCACAGGCUAGACAAAUCUCCAAAAUCCAUGGUCCUGCAUUUAGACGUUCUCAAAAAACAGAAAAAGAAAAAAAAGAGAUACAAGCAUGGAUGAAAAGAAAACAAAAAGAAAGAUUGGCAGACUAUCUGAAUAAACGUGAUGAACAAAGAGAGAAAGAACAUACGCCAUUUAAUGUGAAAAAUUGUAUGAAAUUUGGUCUCACCUCAAAGGAAAUUAAACUGAACCAGAAAAAGAAAGAGGAAAAGGAUAAAGCCCUGUUAUCUGAGCAUCAUCAUUUUAGAGUCUCACAAGCACUUUCCCUGAUGAAUGAGAUGUUAUCUGAAACAGCACAGCUUCCUACAGAGAAAUUUAGACCAUUGUCCAGAACAGCAAGGUCACCUCGAGAUUUCAGAAAGCAACUUCCUGUGUCUGCUAGAGGUCGGACUCUGUCAGCAAGUCAAGCUGAAAGGAGCAGGAUUGCUGCCAAACCUGGCUUUCAACAAGCAAGAUCUCUUUCUACUCCACCUCUUGGUUUAGAUCAGUCCAGAGGAACUGCCACUGCAGUAUUACAGAAAAAUAUUUCCAAGGACAGAAUUAGAAGUGCAACAAGGUAUCCUGUUAAUUCUAGGCAAGUUGCCUUUUGGCCUCAAGACAGAUCAUCCCAAAUCAUCGGCAGAGGAACAGCUAUGGAUUUUAGCCAGAAGAGAAUGCGGUUGCAAGGCAACAGAAACCAGAUGCAAGUCUUGAAUGCAAGGCCACCUAGUUCAGCUAGACAAGUCUCUGCAGUGAAACAGGGAAGGCCUGGACUUCGUGCAGCUGCAGUUCAGACAGAGGAGACCGGUCUUGAUGAUGACGUUGAGCGAGAGUCCCUAAGUCCAUGGAGCAUCCCUGAUGACAUCCAAAGAAUCCUGCGUGACCAUUCUGGUUCCUUCUUUGAGGGUUCUGUGCCUUAUGAUGAUGAUUGCCUUCCUCUCGGCACUGAUGAUAUCGAUAACGUAUCGGAAAGCACAGGAAGUAUCCUCAGCAAGCUGGACUGGAAUGCAGUUGAGGCUAUGGUAGCAAAUGUGGAAGACAAGUGACAAGUCAUGGUACACUUUCACAGCAGUUAAAGCAUGCACAUUAUAUCACGAAUACAAAUAUAGCAUAGCACAUGUACACAAACAUUCUUUUUGAAAGCAAUGGGGAAUUCUGUUUAAAGCUCAGUGGUGGAUCAAGGGACUUAGUGGGAACCUGCAGAAAGUGUCUGCCUUCUUUAAAACGUUCUCUUUUAGGCUAGAGCCUAAUCCUGUAUUAUGCAGUGGGUCUUCAACUCUUAAAGAGUUGAGCAAGCUCAGGACAGACUGUCAGCGUACAAAGGCCCUCAGCAUUAAAUUUAUCCUUUGCAUUUGCAAAGAGCCAGGGAAUGGCACUGGUAAUAGUGAUUUGAUUUGUAAAAGUCAGUGUGUGCAUCCAGUUUAGAUAAAGUCUGAAGGAUCAGGUGUUUUCUCUGCUUUUUAAUAUCUCAAAUUAAUAAAAUGAAGCUUUUUUACUUGAAGAGCACUGGUUUCUUGUCUACAUUUUUAAAUAUUAAAAUAUUUGACUAUUUUGAAAUUUAAGAAUUGUGAACAAUUGGUUUGGCUUUAAUAAAUGCUUGUUUUUAUUCAGUUA